AUGUCUGCCAUCACUGUACAGCCUCUAGACUUCUCGGGCCGGUCAGCCACCAAUGGGCCUCAUCUGGGUGCAGUUGUUUCAAACGUCGACAUUGAAAGUAUUACUGAUGAUGAAUUUGCUGUCAUCCGUGACGCGCUCUUCAACAAUCAGGUCCUGGUCUUUAAGAACCAAAGCCAUGUAACUCCCAAAGCUCAAUACGAGCUCACCCGGCGGUUCGACCCUGAGGCCAACUCAUACGGCCACGGCAAGACGAUCGACGCGAAGCGAUCAAUCCUGCAUCCCGACCUCAAGACAGCCCCCCAUCAGCCGCAAGUCCAGGUCAUCGGCAAUGGAUUUGUGUCCGAGUACGAGGGCCUGAAAGACAUCAGGCUGCGCCAUCCUCACCACAAGACCUUCCAUGCAACCUCGAUUCCACCCGAGGACGACCUAGACUUUACCAGAUUUUACAGGUGGCACAUCGAUGCUGCUUUGUACGGGCUUGCUCCGCCUAUCGUCACUACACUCCUUGCUGUAAAGGUGCCUGGAGGCCGCCGACAGAUCUGCAGAUAUGACGAUAGCACCGGCGACGAGCUGGAUGUUCCGCUGGGCACCACGGCAUUCGUCAGUGGUUUCGACAUGUUCGAUCAACUGUCGCCCGAGGAUCAGGAGUUCGCCCGGACCACAAAGGUCGAAUACGCUCCCCAUCCAUACAUAUGGAUGAGCAGCGCCAAGUCGCGGUCCACUGGGCUCGGGCUUGUGAGCGAGGGCAAGGAGGUUCCACUGGACCAGCUCCCAGAAAUCGAGCAGGACAAGAUCCAGAUUCUGCCAAUGUGCUGGCGCAACCCAGUCAAUGGGAAGCUGGCUCUUCAGGUGCACCCGUCUGCUGUCAGGAAGUUGCAUCUGAAGGAUGGGACUGUUGUAGACGACCUCGAGCAGGUCAGAGAGACUGUAUACCGGCUACAGAGGCCUGGUAUUGCUCCCAACAAGGUCUAUGCGCACGAUUGGCAGGAAGGUGAUUUUGUUCUCUUCCACAACCGAGGGCUGUUGCACUCUGUUGUUGGGGCCUUUGCUGAGGAGGAGGUCAGACUGUUCCGUCAAUGUAAUGUUGCCGCGAGUUACCUGCCUGAAGGCCCGGUAGAGGUCGCACAGGCUGCUUGA